AUGGGGUUCCACAAGGACAAGAAGCAUGAGAGGCCAUUCGUGCUGGGGUGGUGGGGCCGCGCUCUGGCCUGGCUUUUGGUUCUGGCAGUGAUCGGCAUCUCCGUGUUCUUCGUGUGGGCCUACGCUCUCCAGUUUGGUGCUGAAAAGACGAGUCGCUGGCUCACUUCCCUUCUCGUAACAUUCCUCAUGUCCAUCCUGGUGGUGGAGCCUCUCAUGGUGUUUUUUGGCGCGGCGGUGACGGCCUCCUGCUGCAAGAGGAAGGAAUUCUGGGCGGUGGAUGCCGAUGACAUUGACUUCGAUGAAGUGGAGCCAGACCUUGAAAUGGACGAAGAGUGGCAGCAUCUUGAGCCACUUGACCCCACCUAUCCGAGGAAGGUACACAGAAUCCCCGGAAACAAGGACACUUCGAUGCUGGAUGAGUUGCGUGUCAAGCUUGUAAAGGAGCGAGAAAUGACGCUGGUCCUAAGGGACGUAGGCGCUUACCUCAUAUUUGUGUUUAUGGUAAUGAUCCUGACGUACGGCGAGAGGGACGAGUCCUCCUACCGCAUGGUGGACAACUUAAGAAAAGCCUUUAUUAAGGAAGGAGACGAUGACUGGGACUUCACGGAGGAGGUGAAGACAUCGGACCAUUACUGGCGAUGGCUGAAGGAGAUCAUGCUGACGGAGCUGAGGGCACAAAAUUGGUACAACAAGGAUCCACCUUACGGACUCAGAGGCUACCUUAACGACCGAGCAAACAGAAUCAUGGGAUAUGCCAUCCUGCGCCAGGUUCGGAACAAAAAUACGUGCAGGCCUUCCAACCAAAUCAAGAAUCUGGUGAGCGAAUGCAGUGGUUGGCGUGGACUGUUCCUCGAGGAUACCCAAGACUACUGCGCUCAUUGGCUCACCACCGCUGCAUUCGAUAAAGCUUGCGAUGUACCCGAGUUCAGGUACAAGACUGCCGAUGAGUUGCAGUCAUUCACCUCGUCUGGGCGUCUCGGGAGCUAUAGUGGAGGCGGCUACGUGUUGGCGCUGAGAGGCUCCACCCAAGAAAUUCUGGAUCGCCUCAACUACCUCCAGAAAAUUGGAUGGAUCGAUAGAUUCACCAGAAAUGUCAUGCUUGAAUUUUCAGUCUACAAUGCAAAUGUCAACCUCUUUGGCAUCGCAACUAUCAUGGCAGAAUUUCUUCCCGGAGGAGGAAUUAGACCCUACUGGCGUUUUGACGCAAGUCCGUUCAUUCAAGUGUGGAGUGCUUUCGGUAUGUUCAUCCUGCUGAACGAGAUUGGCUUCGUCUUAGCGACCAUCUUCUUCACCUUCAAGGAGUUUUGGAAAUGUUACAAGAGUGGCAUCACAACCUAUUUCAGCAGUUACUGGAACAUGGCAGAGACUUCAAUACUCAUUAUCUCUUACGCAGCAAUCGCACUCUACAUCUUGAGGUACUUGGAAGUUCAACGAGUACUUGAAGUGUUUAACAUAACAUUUGGCAAUGGUUACGUAAGGAUGGAGUAUGCUGCUCUACUGGAUCUUUAUCUACUAUAUGCUGUGGGAUUCAUUGUAUUUUUCACUACCGUCAAGUUCAUCAAACUCCUGCAGUUCAACAAACGAAUAAACCUUUUGGGGCUGACCCUGUCACAUUGUUGGGAUGACCUUCAGGUGUUCUUCCUUACUUUUGGUGUUAUAUUCUUCUCUUUCACGACUCUCUUCUUUACAAUUUUUAAUCUCCAGCUGGAGGAGUUUGCAAGUUUAUUGGCAGCAUUGCAGAUGAGUUUUGCAAUGAUGCUUGGAAAGUUUGACUUUGAAAAGAUGACCAUGGCAAACAGUCUUUCCCCAGUGAUGUUUUUUGUAUUCUCCCUGAGUACCACCAUGAUUCUCAUCAAUCUGAUGCUCACUAUAAUUAUUAGGACAUUUACAAAAAUCAAGAAUGACCUCAAAAACAAACCGAACAAGUACGACAUCAUAGACUACGUCACUAACAAGACAAUGAUUUUGCUGAACCUCCGGACAGAGAAGCCACUUCCGAGGGUUUCUCCGCCUGUCCUCGACAACACAGCAUCCCAAACUCAAGACACCUCGGCCAGCACAGAAUUUCCGGAAAAGGUGGACGUCCUCCUUGCCUAUAUCAACGAGAUGUACUUCAAUGGCAAGAUGGAUUUAUCCGAUCCCUACAACAAAAAGUCUAUGAUGGGAGGGAAAUCAGCCAAGUUAUAUGGGAAAAGUUCUGGAAUUUAAUAAAACUGUAAACUCUGCAAUUUAAGACAUAAGCGGAUGCAAUAUCAUUUGAGAAGACUAAUCAUAAGCAAAGGUAAAGAAGAAAAAGUUUUUUUUAGUUUUGGAGAUACUGUCAGGAUUUUACAACGAAUAGAAGUGUAAUUGGCGACAAUCCAUAUUCUGUUUUAGGAACAGGGAGAGGAGUAACCCAUUUUCAUUGUUUCCUAGACUCCCAUGUAUACACACGGCUCUAAUGCAUAUAUGUUCUAGAUG